AUGCAACACAUCGCUUGCAACUUUACGCGCAGCCUUUCACAAAAUGCCCUCCUGAUAUCUGCACUGAGGAUCCGUUCUUUAUCCACCGCCGCUCCUAUCUCACCAAUCUCACGCGCAAUAGUAUUCUCAACCAAUGGUCCUCCUUCCUCAGUCUUGAAAGUAGUGUCAUACAAACUCGCGCCCUUGACUCCAAAAACUGUUUAUCUCAAAUUCCUCGCUGCUCCUAUCAAUCCGUCAGAUAUUAACACUAUCGAAGGCACUUACCCGAUUGAAGUAAAGCUCAGAAAUCUAGAAAAGGAAGGAACGGAAGAGGAACAAGAAGACAAUGCAAAAUAUGUAGGAAAAGGAAGAAAGACGGGUGAAGAAAAUGAUAAUGAAGAUCUGGUUGCUGUCUGCGGAAACGAAGGUGUUGCAGAGGUUAUCGCAGUUGGGAGCGAAGUUAAAAAUAUCAAGAAAGGCCAAUGGGUUAUCAUGCGACGAUCUGGGUUUGGUACUUGGCGCACCUACGCUGCUGCAUUUGCCAAUGAAUUAAUGUCGAUAGACCAUACCUCCAUCUCCCCAACCGUCGCGUCAACGAUAUCAGUCAAUCCUUGUACAGCGUAUAGAAUGUUAAAAGACUUUGUAAAGUUGAGGGAAGGUGAUUAUAUCGUGCAGAAUGGAGCAAAUAGCGCCGUUGGGCAGAUGGUUGUACAGCUUGCGAAAUCUUGGGGUGUGAUGAGUAUUAACAUUGUUAGGGACAGACAAAACUACACCGAAAUUGCCCAGCAUCUUCGCUCUAUUGGAGCAACACAUGUUAUCCCCAACUCUAUUCUCACCUGUCCAUCUUCGCUCUCCACGUUUGUCUCCUCACUUCCCCCUUCACCCAAUGCUGUGCUCGGGCUAAACUGCACCAGUGGUCCGAUUGCGACGCAAAUGUGUAAACUACUAUCUCCUUCUGCGACCGUUGUAACAUAUGGCGCAAUGUCGAAGCAACCAAUCCGUCUUGCUGCAUCUCAGCUGAUCUUUAAGGAUUUUAGAUUUGUAGGAUUCUGGAUGACUAGAUGGUACAAGGACAUGGAAGCAAAAGGAGGAAAUGAUAGAAAGGAUAUGUUGGAUGAACUACUAGAUAUGUUUAGAAAAGGUGAAAUCACGCUUCCAGAAUAUGAGGAGAUUAAGUGGGGUCAGGAGGAGAGCGAAGAGGAAGCGUUGAAGAAGGUAAAUGACAUUUUGACGAAAGGAACAAAGAUGAAUGUAAAGAAGCAGAUUUUUACGAUGGUGUAA